UCUUUUGCUUCUUUAAAAGGGCUAUUUCAAACAAAGGGUCAUUCUAAAAGCGACAUCAGGUUUUGUUGAAGUCUGGGAGUGUCUUUUGUUGUUGUCUGUCUCUGCUUCUGUUUCCUGUUCUCUUCUCGUGUCUCUGCUCCCUUCUUCACACCACAACCUCGAUUAUGUCCUGACCAACACAACAUACAAAGCAAUGUUUCAUAUACAGUUGAAUGGAUUUGAUUGAUGAAUUUGUCAUGCAAAUGUUUUGUUGCGUAGAAAGGAAGCCGUUUCUUUUGCUGUUUUGAUUGAAUUUAAACCGGGUCAAGUUAUAUUUUGGAUCCAAUUUAGUGGGUGUUUAUUGGAUUCUAACAGAAACUGAAAACCUAGAUACUGCAUUGAUUGUUUAAGAAUCAUUUAUACAAUGCCAUAUAUUCAGAAAUUGUAUGAUAUCUGCAAGGCUUCCUUGUCUACUGAGGGGCCUAUUUCAGAAGAAGCUCUGGAAAAAGUCCGCUCCGUUUUAGAUGCGUUGAAGCCUGCCCAUGUCGGUCUUGAACAUGAGGCGCAACUGGCACGAGGUUGGAAAAGUUCUGUGAAUGGUCGUAAUGGAAAAAAGGGGAGAGACGAAACUUCUCACGAACCCGAACCACCUAUUAAGUACAUUCACCUUCAUGAGUGUGACAAAUUCUCUAUUGGAAUAUUCUGUAUGUCUCCUGGUUCUUUAAUUCCGCUUCACGAUCAUCCUAGAAUGACGGUUUUAAGCAAGGUCCUCUACGGUUCGUUGCUUGUGAAAGCAUUUGAUUGGAUUGACUUACCUGAGUCGAAUAAUCUAUCCGAAGGUGCAGCGAGACCCGCAAAACAUGUCAGAGAUUGUCAGAUGACCGCUCCUUGCGACACAACAAUUCUUCAUCCGAAUAGGGGCGGCAAUCUCCAUUGCUUCAAAGCCGUAACCCCUUGCGCUCUCUUUGACAUUCUUUCCCCUCCUUACUCGUUAGAAGAAGAAGAAAAUGGAAGAAACUGUUCUUAUUUUCUUAAGUCGCCAAAGACAGAUCUUCCAGUGCUCGAGGAGCUGCACGGAAUGAAUCCGUCUGAAAUCACCUGGUUAGAAGUGGUUCCACCGCCCAACGAUCUAGUUAUUGGGAAGGGGCGAUACAAAGGUCCUAUUAUUCGGCGAUGAAGGAGACGACUUAUUUGUUCUUAUACAACGAUGAAGGAGACGGAUUAUUUGUUCUUAUACAACAUUGGUCAGGCUUGACUAGAAAGAAUAUUUGAUGGGAUUAUCAUUAUCAUUAUUAAUUUCUAAUGGAAUGUUUUUGGAAAUAAUUGAUUAUCUGUUUGGUAUGGCUGUUAAUUAAUUGUACAGACUAUGAUAAAUAUUAUUAUGGCUGUGACAUGGUUAUCUUUGGUGAUGAUGUUAAGGUCUUCUUUUAGACAUAUGAAUUAUUAUGAUUUAUUUGAAUGAA